AUGCGUCGCCAGCCAGAAAUGGCCGAGGUGGAUCGAACCGAAUAUGUGUUUGGGGAGAACGGAGGAUUGGGUGCGCCGUCGUCCUCCUUUUUCCGCAGAAUUGCCAGCAUGGCCCCCCAGCCGUCCGACGAAGACGAAUCAGAUACCUUCCAGCGGACAGUUGGCGCUGGGUAUACCUACGCGGACCAGAUUGCACCGAACAAAAUUAAGCGCACCAAGUCACGGCAGGACAAGCACAAAGGCCGGCGCGGGUCGUACUUUGAUCUCGACGAUGAUUGGGACGCCAAUGUCGAGCACAACCUGGUGGAUGGGGCGAAGUUCAAAAAGAGUUUGGCGGGCCAAGCGAUGGAGUCGGCCGAGUCACUGGCCUUUGCCGAGUGUGAGGAAAUGAAUAACCGCAUCUCCCGUAUCCGGCGUUUCCAAGCGGUGCUAGAUGCACCCAUUGUUGAUUUGGCCCACCUCAAAAAGCUGUCGUAUACAGGCGUGCCCGAGGAGCUUCGUCCAAAGACGUGGCAGCUCCUGUUGGGAUACUUAGCGCCCAAUGGCGAACGUAGAGAGCGGACCCUUGCUAAGAAGCGCCAAGAGUACCAUAAUGGCGUGCAGCAGGUGUUCAACACGGGGCUCGACGAGCAGAUGUGGCACCAAAUCUCCAUUGACGUGCCGCGAACCAACCCGCACAUCAAACUAUACUCGCAUCCGAUUAUCCAAAAGGCACUGGAGCGCAUAUUAUAUCUAUGGGCUAUCAGACAUCCCGCUAGUGGCUACGUUCAAGGAAUCAACGACUUGGUGACUCCGUUCAUCCAAACAUUUCUACAGCCCCAUGUUGAGCAUGCCUCCGUUGACGAUCUGGACCCCGAAACGGUGCCUCAGCAGUCGAUGCGAGACAUCGAGGCCGACGCGUACUGGUGUCUGACCAAGCUGCUUGACGGCAUUCAAGACAACUACAUCCACGCCCAACCGGGCAUUCACAAGCAAGUCGCUCAGCUUCAAGAUUUAUGUACACGGCUGGACCGUAAUCUUGUUGAGCAUCUCCGUUCAGAGGGCAUUGAAUUCAUGCAGUUCAGUUUCCGCUGGAUGAACUGUUUACUUAUGCGUGAAGUCCCCAUGGGCUGUACCAUCCGCAUCUGGGAUACAUACAUCUCGGAGGGCCCGCAGGGAUUCAGUGCGUUCCACGUCUACGUCUGUGCGGCCUUCCUCAACUACUGGAAGGAGCAAAUCAAAGUCAAGGACUUUCAGGACAUUAUGGUAUUUCUUCAGGCCUUGCCCACGGCAGAUUGGACUGAGAAAGAAGUGGAACUCAUCCUCAGCGAAGCGUUUCUGUUCCAAACCCUUUACAAAACCGGCUCUGCCCAUCUUAAAUAA